AUGUCCGGCAAACCUAAGAUACCUGAAUGGCAACGCGCAACUACCGAAAGUUCUCCAUCAACACCGUCAUCCAAAGUCGAGGAGAAGGAGGUUGAGGUCAAGCAACUCUCGGAGGCACCGACACCUACCGAGGACGACCUUCCGAGUACUGAGAGUGAACAAACAAGCAAAUCGCCACGUGAAUCACCAGCCGAAGAGGAGAAAGACAAAUCACUCGAUCUGUUAGAACAAGCGCGGCGAUUCCUUGAGGAUCCAGCAAUACGCGAUGCGCCUAGGGAGCAGAAGGUCGCAUUUCUAGGGUCGAAGGGUGUAAGCCCUGAGGAUGUUGAGACUCUGCUGGGUGCAACGCCGACUGAUAAUAACUCCAUGACUGUAGAGGAUGCUGGAGAACGAGCUUGGUCGACAACACCUCCUCAGCCUGUAGAGACGCCGCAAGCUCCACCACAACCCCGCGUAUUGCCUCCAAUAGUCACCUACCCAGAGUUUCUUGCCACUACCGAGAAGCCGCCGCCUCUGAUGACCAAAGCACGAUUAGUGACCACAGCCUAUGUCACAGGUGGCCUCAUGGCAAGCAUCUAUGGGCUGUCAAAAUACAUUAUCGCGCCAAUGACAGAAAGUCUCGCCGAAUCACGGCAUGACUUCGCCCAACACACACAAGAACAACUCAAAAAGCUCAAUGAGCAGUUAGGGAAGGCAGUGUCCGUAGAUCCUGCCAUCAAAGCGAAGAUCAUCAAAGAUGUUGGAGAGGACUCAGAAUCCGAUUCAGAUCCAACCGAACUCUACCAUCGCGACUAUGGCACGCAGACGACACCCACGCUGUCACGCAGGCCAUCUGUAUCCACCACAGACCCUCAACCCCUUGUGACAGCCCACGAGAAUCGUCUAAAGAUCAUCAAAUCGCAUCUCCAAGAGCUCGAGUCCAACCGAAAAAGUAGCAGCACAUCUCAAGACUCCUUACAAACAAAAGUCUCGGAACUCAGCACAUAUUUGAGCGAAAUGAGUUAUCAGAACCAGUACUAUUCCAACCUGAACUUUUAUGGCGCAUCAAGUUAUGGCAUGAAUGGCUCCAAGGACGGGAAAAACGACCAGAUUGAAGCUGUCAAGGCUGAUAUUCGGGCUGUUAAGGGCGUCUUUCUGAGCGCACGGAAUUUUCCGACUGGUGGUAACAAUGCGCCACCAGUGCCUACAGGCAGAAAGCGAUCAGCUGCCGUGCGAUCGGCAAGGGCUUGCAUUCUAAUCAUGACAAGCUGGGCAUCAAAGUUGCCUUCGUUUGGGCAGUCGAAGCAUGACGAGAAGGAUGAGACGUCACUGACCACGAUCCUCACGGCGGAGCAAUGUGCCGACCUUACAUUCUUGAUAGCAACCAUUACUGCUAGCAUGCGGCAAUCUUUACUUGAUAUAUUCACAGCCGAAGAGACGCCAUUGGAUCCAAAGGAGAAGUUGAUCGAUGCCUCGACGAAUCUUGAUCAAGCCGAUGUUGCGAAAGAAAAACUCAAGAAGGAGAGGAGGGUACGGGAAAACGAUGCUCAAGAAGAGUUAGCACAGCCUGAGGUUCAAGAACUGAAGACAGAGAUGUUGAAGCACUUUGAUGGGUGGCGAGGCAAGGUCAUCUCUAGGGUCGGUGAGAUCGUCAACUCGCGCGAGAAAGCUAAAGAGCAAACACGGCACGUGGAGGGUAGAGAAGUCAGACAUAUCGUCAAGAAGGCCGAGACUAAGAUGACUGCCAUCAGUAGCUUGGAUGCAAAAGCUGUUGACGAAGAUACGGUGUUCAAAGAACAGUAUCCUCCUGUGACGAAUGCUCUCAUGCAACUGGACGAGAGCAAAAGAGCGCUUACAUUGCACUCUUUGGUCCUGAUCCUCCUCAGUCUUGAACAUUACUCGGCGCAUUCGCGUAUUCUACUCCUACAUCUUACAAGCUCAUUCAACCUCAGUCUCUCUGUACUCAAGAAGGACGAAGAAUCUGUUGCACAAGGCCUACUAGAAGCAGCAUCCCAACAGCUCAACGCUGAUGCUGAGACGAAGAAAGCAGCCGAGCAAUCCAAAACCUCCCGGAAAUGGAAAGUUGGCCUAGCAGGUGUUGCUGGUGCAGCUUUGAUUGGAGUCACUGGUGGUCUCGCUGCUCCGCUCCUCGCAGUAGGCGUUGGAAGUGUUAUGGGUGGGCUUGGUCUUGGGGCCACAGCUGCAGCGGGAUACCUCGGAACCCUUGCCGGAUCAUCAGUUCUCGUGGGUGGACUCUUUGGUGCAUAUGGUGCCAAGAUGACGGGGCGUGCUAUGGACAAAUACGCCCGUGAAGUGGAGGACUUCGCAUUCCUUCCUAUUCAUCACUCUCAGGACCCGGCGCAAAAAGACAAUGGCUCUCGUCGUCUCCGAGUCGCGAUUGCAGCAUCUGGAUGGUUGCGUGAGCCCGAAGAGGUCAGUAAACCGUGGCGAUAUAUUGGCAAAGGUACAGAAGGCUUUGCUCUACGAUGGGAGCUUGAAGCUCUCCUCAGUCUCGGCCACAGUCUAGAGAGUUUCGUCACCAGUGCGGCAUGGGCUUUCGCAAAGAAAAAGAUUCUGGAACAAACCAUCUUCGCUACUCUAACUGCUGCACUCUGGCCUCUUGGUCUUCUCAAAGUCGCAAGCGUUCUUGACAACCCUUUUAGCGUAGCAAAGUUCCGCGCUGACAGAGCUGGUGAAGUCCUCGCUGAUGCUCUUAUCAACAAGGUACAAGGUGAACGCCCUGUCACACUUGUUGGCUAUUCCCUCGGUGCUCGUUUGAUCUACUCGUGUCUCCAAAAACUCGCUGAGCGCAAGGCCUUCGGACUCGUUGAGAAUGUGGUAUUUCUCGGAGGUCCCUGCCCGUCAGACGCGCCAGAUUGGCGACGCAUUCGCGCCGUAGUCAGCGGUCGUGUGGUCAAUGUCUUCUCAAAACAAGACUAUAUCCUUGCAUUCCUCUACCGUACGUCUUCCGUCCAACUCGGUGUUGCAGGUCUCCAGCCCAUUCUGGGAAUCCACGGCGUGCAAAACGUCGAUGUCAGCGAGCUUGUUGACGGCCAUUUGCAAUACCGCUACUUGACAGGCUCCAUUCUUCGCAAGAUCGGCUUCGAAGACGUGGAUAUAAACGAAGUGGAGCAGGCUGAAGCAGAAAUGGCAAAGCAGAAGGAGAAGGAGGAGAAGGAGAGGCGCAAGAAUGCAGGAAGCCGGAGUGAAGGCGACGAAGAGAAGGAAAAGGAGAAAUUGGAGACGGAGGUUCAGCAGAAGAAAGAACAGAGCUUUAUGCAGAUUAUGCAGAAGAAGACGCAGAAUUUGAAAAUUGGAGGGUUUGUGAGUGGGUUCGGUGGUGGUGGGGCCAAGGCGGAUGCGGGUGUGAAGGAAGGGCAGGAGCAGAAGGUGCAGAAACAAGCUUGA